AUGACAAGCCACCUGUUAGCUCUCCUGCUCUCUCUAAUUGCUGUUAUCCCACCCCAGAGAUAUGGCUGCACGGACAUUAUUGGAGGACGUGUUGUGCGUCCUCAUUCCUGGCCUUAUAUGGCUGCUAUCCAGAGAAAGAAUUUAACUGAGUGUGGAGGAGCUCUUGUGGAAAAGCAAUGGGUUUUGACAGCAGCACAUUGUCAAUCAAACAAAUCAGAAGUUAGAGUUGUUCUUGGAGCCCAUCAAGCAUCCAUAGCUGAAAAAGAACAGCAGAUAUUUAAGGUUAUGCACUACUUUCCUAAUCCUCAGUUUGACAGGUCUUCCAAGGAAAAUGAUAUAAUGCUCCUCAAGCUGAAUGGUAUUGCAAAGCUGAAUAAAUUUGUGCAACUUUUGCCUCUGCCUGACUCUUGUGAAGAUAUCGAACCUGGCACAAUGUGCAAGGUGGCUGGCUGGGGAGUCACGUCUUCAGGAAAGCCAUCAAAAUAUCUUCGGAAAACAACUCUUAAAAUUGUUGGUAGAAAAAGCUGUCAGAGCAAAUAUGUAAAUUACACAAAAAUAACCAGCAACAUGUUGUGUGCUAUAGGGAAAAAUAAAUUUUUGAAGACCGAUGCUUGCCAGGGAGAUUCAGGUGGGCCGUUAAUCUGUGCCGGUCGAUACAGUGGGAUUGUUUCUUUUGGAAAAGGAUGUGGAAGAAGAGACAUGCCUGGAGUUUAUACACGACUGACUGAAAAAUAUAUUGACUGGAUAAAAAAAAUAAUUUCCCUUCACAGAGAUCCAUGAGACAAGCAAGACAGUUUUAAUAAAUACUGUGCUGUGCAUUAGAACUAGAUGCUGCUGCUUUAGUGCGCCACCUUUACCACUGUACCUCUCAGCUUUACAGCUUUACUAACACCACCACAGCUUUAUGAGAACAGUUCAAAAUAUUCCCCUUUGUACAGAUAACGUGUUUAUUCAUCUUUAGUAGGAAACUGCCUCUUAGAUAACACAAUUUAUAUUGGACUUCACCCUACUUCUUAGUGUGAUGGGAAAGUCUGGGAUGAGGCAACAUUUUUGAAUGUAUGCUUACAGAAAAAUUCAAUUUCAGACUGAUAGUGAAUGAGAUGUCUGCUGAAUGAGAAAAAACAGAACAAAAGCUUUAAAUGUUCAAAUCUUUUGAUGUGACAUUAUUCAAAACCAAAUACUUCAAUUCUCCAUUACUAAAUAUUUAUUUAACUAAAUUCAUUUUCAAAAAGUUAAAGUAUUAAACAGAUAAACAUUUUUCCAAUUAAU